UUCCAAAUUGUUCAAACAAAGUUCAAUGGAAGAAGAGAAGAGUAGAAGGCGAUUUUGAAGCCCUAAUAAAUACGCCGAUUUCCUCAUCAUGUCCAUUAACCAAAACCACCUCCUCCGCCUUGUUCUUUCCUGCCGGAAAAUCACUGCCCAGGUCACCAAUCCAGCCACCUCCUCCAUCAUCGCCAUGGCUUCUUCCUCCGAGCAGGAAUUCGUCGCCUAUUACCGCUCUAAACUCCACCGUUUUCCUCGAUCAAACAAUUUCUGGGACUCCAAAGUCGCCUCUCGCGUCGGCGAAAAGCUCGGCCACCGUUUGAAGGAGAUCGGCGUCUCCGAUGUUCGGAUUGAUCUCGCUGAAGAGCUAUCCCGCCCUAUUUACUACCGGAAGAUGGUUCUGCCGCUCUUUGAUUCUGUUCAGCGCUCCGGCGUCGCCGUUGAUGGGGCUGAGAAGCUUGGAACAGGUUCGAUCUAGCCUCGACUAUUGAGAUUGAAUUUAGGGCACAUAUAAUUCCUUAUCCUUCAUGUCGAUUAAUUAUACCAAUUUUGACACAUUAUUUUUAAUCUCUCUCUCUCUCUCUCUCGGAUUAAAAAUUGUAAUAAUAUAAAUUGUUUUCAUAAUUAAUUAAAGAAAUAGAGAAGAGACCAAUUUCCCCCUUGAAA